GUAGUUGGACCGGGGUAAAAUCCCCACUUCAAAAGCUCUCAGGUGAGACCCGUGCGCCAGCCAUUCUAGCCAUUCUAGACCGGGUUCUGUCGACAUCCCACUUUCAAAUAUAAAUCCCGUCCCACUACAACUACCGCCGACGGAUUUGGGAAUAUCGUCACUACACGCGCAUUGCGUGCCGCGUCCCCUUCCUCCCUCCCGAGUCAAAUUUUUCUUUGACUCUCGCCGAGUAUCUAUCAACAUAAUUCCAGCCUAUUUACCUCCCUGUGUCCGGGUUAGGACGCGGAAGUAGGCUGCCCAUCAUGGCGCGGGUCUAUGCGGAUGUCAACCAGAACAUGCCCAGAAGUUAUUGGGAUUAUGAUAGUGUUAAUAUCAGCUGGGGCAUCCUCGAAAACUACGAGGUUGUUCGUAAGAUCGGCCGUGGAAAAUAUUCGGAGGUAUUCGAGGGUAUCAACGUGAUUAACUAUCAGAAAUGCGUCAUUAAGGUUCUGAAACCGGUCAAGAAGAAGAAGAUUAAGCGUGAAAUCAAGAUCCUUCAGAACCUUUCCGGCGGUCCCAACAUCGUCGCGCUCCUCGAUGUCGUCCGAGACAAUCAGAGCAAGACGCCUUCGUUGAUCUUCGAGUAUGUCAACAAUACCGACUUCCGAAGCCUUUACCCUAAGUUCAACGACAUUGAUGUACGAUACUACAUCUACGAACUUUUGAAGGCCCUCGAUUACUGUCACAGCAAGGGAAUUAUGCACCGAGACGUAAAACCUCAUAACGUUAUGAUCGAUCAUGAGAACAGAAAGUUGCGUCUCAUCGAUUGGGGUUUGGCCGAAUUCUACCACCCUGGAACCGAGUAUAAUGUGCGCGUUGCCUCUCGCUAUUUCAAGGGGCCCGAGUUACUAGUCGAUUUCCAGGAGUACGACUACAGUUUAGACAUGUGGUCCCUUGGUGCCAUGUUCGCAUCUAUGAUCUUCCGCAAAGAGCCUUUCUUCCACGGGAAUAGCAAUUCAGACCAACUGGUGAAGAUUGCUAAGGUCCUCGGCACCGAUGACCUUUUCGAUUACUUGGAUAAGUACGAAAUAGAGCUUGACCCUCAGUACGACGACAUUCUUGGCCGGUUCGCCAAGAAGCCUUGGCACAGCUUCGUAAACAGCGAGAAUCAGCGAUUCGUGAGCAAUGAAGCUAUUGACUUCCUUGACAAGCUUCUUCGCUACGACCACCAGGAACGACUUACGGCCAAGGAAGCGAUGGCUCACCCGUACUUCGCCCCUAUCCGGGACGAAGCUACUCUUACGGAAUACCUUAACGGUGCAACCGUGAGCUCCGAGUCUUAAUUCUCAAGCCAUUACCCACACGAAUUAUCUAAGAUACCCGAUAACAAACUGCUCGUCACUGGUCGUUUUCAGUUCUCUUUGGCGACAGCU